GGGGUUCAGUCAGGGUCCUGCCUCACGUCAGGGCACUCGAGAGCACCUCCGCUCGUCUCGAACGAGCCGAUUUCGCAAUCGCACUUCGUUGACAAUCGAGCAGUUCUCGCAAAGCAAACUGAUUCGUGAGAGAAUAAAUAAAGCCCGAAGGACCACGCGCUCAGAGAUUUUCGGCGUGUUCCCUCACGAGCUUCGGCUCGAAAGCGAUUUUUCAAAUAAAUCGACCGAGCGUUUCUUGCCUUCGUUAUAAAUCGGUCGAUCCGAAGCAAGCAACGUCGAUCAUUCCGAUCCAACGAUCAGCUCGUCGGUAGUGAGGAUUUUCAAAUCCACCAAAAGUUUAUUCCGAAGUUUAUCGAUUCUGGAUAUCACACGUGUCUUCGGUGAAACUCUGCAUUGAUGCGACUCUUUCGCUCCUCUGUGACUCAAGCGCUUUUCGUUACGUGUUUAAGUUUCGUCGGCAAGUGUUACCUCCCACCCCCCUCGCUGCCCCUGUUCUCGAUUAUUACUCACUUUUGUUAUCCGUGUGGCUCUCGAUGAGCGAACUGAAGGACUAACCAGCCAGGAAACUGUAAUACAAUCGUCAUGUGUGAAGCGGUACCGAGGACGUGGUUGGUGAGACCGGAACUGCACUGCAGUUCGGUCGGUGUUCCCGUCGGCGCGUUAUCCCCACCGGCAACAUUAUCGCCACCGAGCAGUCCUUGCGUGAUGCCGGCGUCCCCGUGGAGUCCAGGUGGUCCCGGCAGCAGUUCCAGCAGCAACGGUGCCACAGUCUCAUCCCUGAACCCGACGAAUCAGCCGAUUCCGAGUGGUCAGCAGCCACCUGACCAUCGUCUGAGCGCAUUUACCUUCGUCUCCGGUUACAACAAUCCAGAUCAUCGAGUACAGAAAUUGCCACCAGCCGGUGGCCUCGUAGCGGCUGGACCGACCGGUGCACGAGAAAUGCGAUGUGGUUUAAUGUACAACGGCUACGGUACGGCCUGGUGGGCCCAUCACGCCGUCGGCCUUUUGCUACCUCAUUCCCUUUUAUCGUCGCGAAUACCGACGCAACAGACGACGUCCCUGUCGGAACAUUCCUCGCCAAUUCAUCCGGAACCCCUCAGUCCAACGAGGGCCAGUUCCCCGGUCAGAGGCACGCCAGAAACAACCAAAUACGCUGUGGAAGGCGCCGCCCGUUUCGAGGAGGAAGCUCCCCUCAACCUGAGCACCAAACCCAGCGACGUUUCCUCCAGCUUGUGCCGGAAAAGUGAAAUUUGGUCCCCCGGCUCCGUAUGCGAGAGGGAAGCGAGAGAAACUUCCAGCGGAAACUCCCCUACGACGACGACGCCUCUGAUCACCAGGCAGAUUCACCACUCGCCUUUGACGCCCCCGGCAUCCACCGAAAGAACCUUCCAGUGCAAACAAUGCGGCAAGGCGUUCAAGCGAUCGAGCACCCUGAGCACCCAUCUCCUCAUCCACUCGGACACGAGGCCGUAUCCUUGUCAGUACUGUGGCAAGAGGUUUCACCAGAAAUCGGACAUGAAGAAACACACGUACAUCCACACCGGAGAAAAACCGCACAAAUGCGUAGUCUGUGGCAAGGCGUUUUCUCAGAGCAGCAAUCUCAUAACCCACAUGCGAAAGCACACCGGAUACAAGCCCUUCCAGUGCGGUUUGUGUGACAAAGCGUUCCAGAGGAAAGUCGAUUUGAGAAGACACCGGGAGGGGCAGCAUCCCGCAGCCCCAGCGCUCGAUUAUCGUUCGUUGCAAGUGCCGAGCCAGAAUCAGCAUCGAACAUCGCCGAUCUCGUUCCCGGCUAACGGUUAUCACAUGAUACCGAUCCCGGGCAGCAGCUGAGAUCUUUUUUAAUUCCCUUUUAUCGCACUUCCUCGACGCUCCCGGGAGCAAUCGAUCAACGGGAUUGACAAAAUACGAGUGUUCGCGUCUCGGCCCCGCCAGGGGACUGGAAAACCGUGAUAAACUUCGAGAAACUAUUGAGAAGGAUGAAGAACAAGGAGAUUUGUUAACAAGGUAACUGCGGAGCGAGUUGAAACCAUUGAAAAUGGGUUUUAAACCGUCCUCGAAGCCCGGAACCGUUAACGGAAUAGCAAAAUUUGUUUAAAUUGUCAUUAAGCCCAAUGUAAUUAACAGUAAAACGUGAUUCACUUGACGAUUAAGCACGAACCAUCAGCUGCGAGCGCGUUGAUCUUUCAAACACUGAAAUCAACGAAAAAAAGAAAGUUGAAAAAGACAUUUGUAAAUACAGCGCGAAUAUCGAUCCAGCGAACAGUCCGGAGGUCCGCGAGCACAGAAGCGCGCUCGCGGUGCAUCGUUGACAGCCAGUGACAACGCCGACGAUCCUUCGUCGUCGCAAUAACGUUGUUCGAGUCUCUCGAGCAUGAGUUUCGAGAGCACGAGUGCCUUUUAUCGUUACUUGGAAGGAAGGAAAGGGCGGGGAAACGCGUCGAAAAUACGAGGGACGAAGACGAUUACGGUACCAAGAAUAUCCGACGUGCGAACCAAGCUCAAUCUCAACGAGGGUGAAAAAGCAACGAACGAUUUCGACGGUUUUCAUUGGAGAAAGCGAUCGUCAAAAAUACCUGAAGUGCGCGAUUCCUUGGACGCAAUUAAUCGAAUCGUAAAGUCCCCCAUACUCGAAUCGAAUUCUCCCCUCCCCCUUCGUUCCUACGAAACAUUCUUGAAACAAUUCGACCAUCAUCGAGUCUUUGUAUAACUGUCGCGAGCGAUGUGCGUGUACAUAUAUUUUACGUUAUAAAUAUAUUCAGUGACGAAAGUGUGAACGAGAUGAAUGGGCAGCAAUGUGGAAAAAAGCACGAUGGAACGAGGCAGAAUUUGUAGAAAAUUAAAUGAAAGUACGAUCGUUAAUUCGUCAUUAAUCGAUAACAAGCAUCGCGAGGGUGAGGAUGAAGAGUAAAAACAUUAUUUUCGCACCUCGUACAACACAAUUUUCUCUGUAUAAUCAUGUCUUAAUAAGUAUAGCGUGAACAUGUGUCAUAGUCCAUCGAAGCCAAAGCCGCCCCCGUUGUGGUGGAAGAAAAAUAAAAUUCAAAGUAAAAGAAAUUUUCGUAAUUGGGACAGCGUCGAAAAAGUGGCCUGCGAGGCACACUCGGAGAUUCGUGUAAAUCUCGUUUCAACGGUACCGACCGCAUCCCCUCACGAGACUUUAUCCAGUUUUUCGCUUCCCGAAUAUUUGUUGAAUAAUCCACUUUGUCGGAACGCUUACUCAUUGUAACGAGCGACCAAUUCGAAGACGAUUUCGACCUAUUCAACGAGAUAGAAAUCAUAACGGCUAGAGGACCAAAGAUAGCUUAAGGGCGGGUCGAUAAAAUGGCGGCUCGGCAAUUCUCUUAUUUCAUUUUCGAACGAAAUUACUCCGAGAUCGAAGGAAUUGAAAAAUUGAUGGACAAAUAAUGAGGUCGUAAGGCUAUGUUGAAAUUUUUGUCUAAACGUUGAAACGAAAGAAUUUUUUAAGCGGAGAUAAAGUUAGAUUGCGGAAUUGUCAAGGCUGCCGUGUACUCGAGCCCUAUUGUAAAGUACCAUUAUCAUUAACGAUCGAUUUAUAAGUUUACGAAUUAGUAUCGGAAGGUGCGGUUCCGAAUCCUGUGUGUAUAAAUUGGUUUGUGCGUAAUUUUAAGAUCGUUGCGGCAGGUAAAGCGUAAAAUAAAUUUGUAAAAAAAGAGACGCGAAGCGAAACGAAGGUUGGAAAAGUUGUCCCGCUAAAUGAAUUUCGAGAUUUUCUCAGAAACUAAAAAAUAUUGUAAAGUUUAAACGAAUAAGAAAUAUUGGAAAUGAUAUGUGCGCGAGGUUUGAACGCGGUAUGGAUCUGAAGAAUGAUGCGUAUUAAUCGGUAAAACCAAAAAAUAUGUUUAUUAUUACUAGAGAGGAAAAUAUUGAAUAAAUUGUUUUUUUCUUCUUUCGUAUAAAA